UUUCGGAAGAACCCUGUGUGUUUACAGUGGCGGCGUCGAGACAAACAAGAGAAAAACCCUGUGUGAUUCUUUGUAUUUCUGUGCAAAAUGUCUUGUAAUUAUGCCGAAGGGUUGAGCAAGUACGAGAACAAGGGCAAAUUGGGCCUUCCUGAGAGGUUUGACGCGCCAGAAGAUGUAGAGAGAAAAGUGCAGAUCUUGGCAGAAAUGAUGAAGGAAUCAAAACACACAGUUUUCCACACUGGAGCAGGUAUUAGUACCUCUGCAGGGAUACCAGAUUUCAGGGGCCCUAAAGGAGUCUGGACUUUAGAAAAGCAAGGACUUAAACCCGACAUCAAUAUAUCAUGGGAUGACGCCAGACCAACACUCACUCACAUGGCCAUCUUAUCCCUUGAACGACAAGGAUAUGUGCAAUAUGUCAUCACUCAAAAUAUAGAUGGACUACAUCUGAGAUCAGGACUACCUCGGCAAAAAUUAUCUGAACUUCACGGGAACAUGUUUGUUGAUAUUUGCAACUACUGUAACAGGCAGUUCGUAAGAAGUACUGCGGUGACCACUGUAGGCCAGAAAAGUGAAGGCUUAACGUGCCCAGGCAAGAGAGGGAAUGGAAGAAAGUGCCGUGGCAAGCUUCAUGACACCAUACUGGACUGGGAGGACGGAUUGCCUGCUGCAGAUCUGGAUCUUGCAAUUGCACACUCUUGUGCUGCGGAUCUCAGUAUCUGUCUAGGAACAACAUUGCAAAUUGUGCCAAGUGGAAACCUGCCUGUUGAUACAAAGAAAAGAGGCGGAAAGCUUGUCAUAUGCAAUCUGCAACCAACCAAACAGGAUCGUUAUGCUGAUCUCAUUAUCAAUACCUAUGUAGACAACGUCAUGAAGAGACUCCUUGAGCUCAUGGACAUAAAGUUGUUGGAUUAUAAUGCAGAUGAUGACCCUAUGAAAAUAACACAGGGAAUGUUGAUAGAGCACAGAAAAUUAAGUGAAAAUUCCAGUGCACUAGGGUUACAGACCGAUGAUUUUGAGCCUAUAGAAUGGACAAUACCAGAGGAAUGGGUAAAAGAUAAAGUCCUAGAAGAGAAAGUGAAAAGCAAAAAGGUUAUCAGAAACAAGAGAACCACCAAGCCUGGUGACGUGAGUGUGAACGACGUCAAGAAAAGAAAAACUAGUCUGGAUGGGGAAGUGCAUGUGGUCAGCCAUAGUACGUCUGAAAGUGUGAAAGAGGAAUGUAAAGAGGAUAGCAAAGAUGUUAGAAUAAAGAUUGAUAUUAAAGAGAAAGAAGUGGGUAAGGAAGAGGUUGAUGAAAGUAGAACAAAGGCCGACCCUGAGAAUGGUAACAGAAUUGUUGAAAAAUUGGAUAUGAAAUAUGAGGCUAAUGAGAUAGAUGAUAAGUGCAAGGUGGAGCGUGAUGACAGAGAGUUGCAUUCUAAUGGUGAGUUUUUGUUAAGGCCCGAGUCGGAUUGUGAAGUAAAGAGUGAAAGGAAUGAAGAGGACGCAGAAUCUGUCGUCAAUGCCACUGUUGUUGGUGGGCGAGUAACAGAUGUGGUGGAAGUGAAGGAGGAGAUGAAAGGACCAAAUUUAGGAAUCUCAGGGAAUGAAGAUAAGUUAGGUGACGGCAACUGCUGUUUUUAGUCCAGGGGCUCAUGCAGUACUGUAGAUUGGGAGUGUUUAGAGUACACAAAUUUUUACCAGUAUGUAAAUGAGUAUAAUAAGGCAUUUUGCACAUCAGACUGAAUCAAGUGAGUUUGUUAUGUUUAUUUUUAGAAUGUUAAAGAAAUGUUUUGGACACAAAAAAAUGAUUUUAAGUAAUUUUUAAAAAGUUGUUAUACAUCUGCUGUAGAGAAACAUAUAUAUAGUCUAGGAUACGUAAAUAUCUUGUAAAGUGAGAUAGAAAUUUUCAAUCCAGCUUCAUGUUCUGCAUUCAUAUCCAUUUUGAAAAAGGCACAAUAUAUUUUGGAAGUAAGGAGUUUUGUACAUCUUGAUGUUUGUGUUCAGUGAGCAUCAGGGAGAUCUGUACUGGUGCAUCGUUUCUUGGACAUUGAAGAACAAAAUUAUUGGGAAAAGGAGACACAUUUUAUUGCUGGAAUUUACUGAGCAACUGUCUAAGUGUGAGUGGAUAAUUUUAGCAUUAUGUUGUAAUGUGUAAGACUGAUCUGUUUUUAGAUUUUGUAGAAAAGAUUUCUAAGUGUGAUUUUGAACUCCGAGAGAGAUGGCAUAGGUGACAGAUGGGUACGAUGAGUAAAGACAGUUUAAGAAUUAUGUAGAUAUGGAGUCUGGGUAUGUGGAUGGACACCAAUUUCUUUGUGGAAUGGCUGUUUUAAUAAUUUUUUUUACUAUAUACUUUAUUUUUAAAGUUCACAUUCAUAGGGACUUUUAUUCUUGAAUCUCAUGUCUCAAACAAAAUGAUUAAAUAAAAACCAAAAGAAAUUUUGCUAGAUCGCACACAAAGAUGAAUAUUGUUAAAUACACCCAAACCUGAUUGGGGGAGAAAUUGAUUUUAUAUUUUUACAUUAAGUAGGAAAGAAUAUGCUGAUAUUUUUUUCUUAAAGUCAAAAGUAUACAGGCACUUGAGUUUGAAGCCUAUUCAUAUUCAAGAUUUAAUUUGAUUUUAGUUAUAGCUGCUAUGUAUACUCUACAGUAUAUCCCAGAGCAGAUGCAGUACCUGUUGAUUUUAAUCCAUUUGAAUCUUUUAAGUAAUUGAAUAAAGCUAUGUUAGAAAUAAAAACAUGUUUAAAUUGUUAUUUUUAUAUUCUUUCAUUAUGGUUAUAGAACACAAGACUGGAUAGGAUUCAGAUAACAAGCUUAAUUUUCAAUAUUUUGAGAGAAAGGAAAUGGGUUUUGUUACAAAGAAAAUGUAAUUUUUGUUUCUAUAUGCCAGUCUUUUCCUGCCUAUGAAUGCAGGGAAAGCAGCAAAUUUUUAUUUUACAG